AUGUCGGACUUCAUGGACAUCUGGGCACUCACCCAAUGGAACGAACCCCUUCAAAAGCUUCGCCAACCCAUCCCAACUCCGACUGCGAGUGAAGUCCUCUUGAGGGUCACUCACGCCGGCGUCUGCCAUUCUGAUCUUCAUACUGCUGAAGGAUUCUACGACGCGGGCGGAGGAAAGCGCUUCUAUGUCAAAGAUCGUGGCAUCCAGCUGCCUGUCGCUCUGGGCCAUGAAAUACUCGGUGAAGUCACUGGUCUAGGGCCAGACGUAACAUCCAUCUCGAUUGGCUCACGCCAAAUCGUGUACCCUUGGCUUGGCUGUGGUUCCUGUACACGCUGUAUGCAGGGAGAGGAUAACCUAUGCGGUGCGCAGAGGGGCCUCGGCACGUUUCGACACGGAGGAUUCGCCGAAUACAUUGUGGUGCCGCAUCCCAAAUAUUUGGUCGACUUGGGAAAUCUUGAUCCUGCCGUGGCAUGCACUUUUGGAUGCUCAGGAAUCACCACUCUCAGUGCGGUGAGCAAGGUUUUGCCCUUGCCGCCGGAUGAGCCAGUCCUCCUAAUCGGAGCAGGAGGUCUGGGUCUCGCAGCUAUAGCCGUACUGAAGGCGUUUGGCCACAAGUCGGUCAUCGCCACAGAUAUCACAGAUGAAAAGCUGAACGCAGCCGCGGCCGCCGGGGCUACCAAGACGGUCAACAUAUCUGGGCCCUCGGCGACUAAAGACAUCCUCGCGGCAACCAAUGGGCCUGUGAUCGCCGUGAUCGAUUUCGUCAAUAGCUCCACCACGGCAAGUCUAGUCAACGGCCUCACCGCAAAGGGUGCUAAAUGGGUUCAGGUUGGUGUCAUGGGAGGCUCAGUUGAGUUUUCGCUUGUGGCCAACAUCUUCAAAGGUUUGACCAUUUUCUCAAACAUUACUGGAAACCUGGAACACUUUCGACAGGUUAUCCGGAUGGCGAAGGAAGGCAAGCUGAGCUCGGUCCUAGUUCAGAAGAUGGACUGGAAUUUGGCAAAUGAUGCGAUGGAUUUGCUCAAGGCGGGCAAAGCUAUGGGACGUAUUGUGCUUGUGAAAUGA